AUGUCGCGGUACGGCGUCGAUGAAGCGAUCGGCGGACUCCUCGACGACGCGCUGAUCGGCGUCGAUCGUCGCGCGCGCGCGGUCGAAGCGGCGUCGGUCGCGCCGACGCCGCGCUACGGCGGGUCGCUGAGCGAAGACGACGACGACGUGCCGCUCGCCGCGCGCGUGGGCGGUGGGAAACGAGCGAGAGAGCGGGAAGAGACGAACGGGGUGGGACGGGGACGCACGGCGUGGGGAUCCUUCGUCGCCGGACAGUUGCCGGGACGAGCGGUGAGCGAGACGUUCGACGUGGACGAAGAAGGACGGCGCGUCUCGACGGAAGCGCCCGCGGGGUGGGAUGAGCUGUGUCGGAAGGAGUUUGAUGGGAAAAAAUCGGCGCGGCGCGCGGUCAUGGACUGGUAUUGCUCCACGAGCGCGUGCUCGGCGCGAUUGAUCGUCGAUAAGUGGCAGGAGAGCAAAGUGCGGUACGUGUUGCGGUGCUGCCGAUCGUUGCCGAAGAGACAAGAUAAAAACAACGCAAAGUUAGUGCAGCAGAUACAAAAACGGUGUUCGAUGGCGGUGUGUUUGCGAUACAACAGAGACCAAAACUGUUGGCUCGUCGCCGAAAGCGAGAGCUCGCCGCGACACUCAGCCUUGUGCGAGGACCACGUUCGCCCCAACGUGUCCUCCGCGCUGUUCGCGCAGCAUCUCGAUGGGAUCGAGAAGGUCCCCAUCGAGUUCCGCGCCGAAUUCGUAGCGCGGCGCUUGAAAGAGAGCGGUCUCAAAGUCACUUCGGGUACGAAGCAGCGCGCCGUGAGCCUCGCGCUCGAGCGCGCCGAACGAGCGUCCGCCGACGCGCCGCGCGCGUCGCUCGCGUAG